AUGAUGAGCAGUAAGAGACUCCAGAAGGAGCUCCUCAAAAUUCAAGGACAACUAGCUCCCGGCAUCACGCUGGUAUCAGCAGACAACCUCAAGACAUGGCUCAUGGACAUGCAAGUCAUGGACGCCAACCCCCUCUACCAAGGUGAAACCUACCGCCUCAAAUUCGAGUUCAGCUCAAACUAUCCGAUAGAGCCGCCAGAGGUCGUCUUCAUCCGCCAUCCAGAUCGCCCUAUCCCCAUGCAUCCUCACAUCUAUACCAACGGAAUCAUCUGUCUCGAUCUACUCGCGUCUCAAGGAUGGUCGCCGGUGCAAAAUGUCGAGAGUGUCUGUCUGAGCAUCCAAAGCAUGUUGACCGGCAACUCCAAGAACGAGCGUCCUCCUGGUGAUGCCGAGUUCGUCAGGACCAACCGUCUCCGCCCUCGCGACGUCGCUUUCCACUUCCACGACAACGAGGUUUGA